GAUCCUCCAUUCAAUGCUUACCCUGCUGUUAUAGGGGCCGGUGUAGCUGGCAUGAUUGUUGCAGCUGUAGCAAGCCUUUUGGUGUUUCAGUACAUUGUGAGGAACCGGGAGAACAACCCAAGACUUCAUGACCUGUUUUUCAGACCCAGAGGCCAAGCCGAAGCUAGAGAGAACAUCAGAAAUCCAGAAGAUGCAGAGACUGCAGCAGAUGCUGAAGAAGGAUCAGAUGGAGCAGGAGUCUCAGCGGCUGAUUUACCAGCCCCCACAGCAGCCUCUGAUGCAGCUGUUCCUACUGCUCCAGACAAUGAAGAUGUUCCUUUAUCCCAACUUUCAGUAGCAGACCUGCCUGCAGAUGCUCCAGUCAAUGUAACCAUCACAGUCACAGCAACUCCCUAGCAGCCACAUGGACAGACAAUGUUAAUAUGAGGGCAAUUCUAGUUCCUUUGCCAGAUACUAUUUGCAUCAUUUAUAAUCAUUUUGAGAAAGGGGAACAAUUAUUUGAAAGGUUGAAAUAAAGAAAUCUUUUUUUGGAAACUUGAUUUCAUAUGAAUCAUUGAGAAUGAUCAAAAGUAAACUGAUCCACAUCUUAAGUAUUCUUUAGUCACAUGUACACCCUGUCUAUUGAAAUAGGCUGCUGUGGGAACCCUGAAGCUACUACCACCUUUGAGGUGGUAGUAGGUUUACUGCAUAAGCAACAUUUUUAACAUGAGGUGGGAUGAGGGCAGCACCGUUAUCACAGUGAUACACGGCUGUAGCACUUCAUAGAUUAAACCCAUUGAUUGCAUAUCUGUCUAACAUCUCAAUUCAAAGUUAUUAAUACAAAGUUGCUAAUCUUUUUGCUGUUAAAACAACCCCUACCCUCUAUUAUUCUAGGAAGUAAAUGCUGGAACAGUGUUGGUAGGAUUUGUUUCCAUUCCAGUGUAAGAUGUUGGACACUGAUGUUUGGUGAUCAGACCUUACUCACAUCUGCACCCCAAGACCCCAAGCUGUAGCCACAAAGUAGGAAGCACAAGAUUGUCUAGUAUGUCACUGUAUAAUGCAGUGGUUUAAACAGACAAUAUCAACAAAUAAAAGGGUUGUGCACAUUUUUGGCCACAUAGUGUAUUUCCCACUUGUACUUUAUCUUUAAAAGUGCUCAUAAACUAAAUUGAGGCAGACAAUUUAAAUUUUUGUAAUGCUUGUAACUUUGGUCACUAUUGUCUUAUAUUAAGCAUAUGAUACAAUUGCUAUCUUUAGAAUUUUUAUAUAACUAUAAAUUCCCAUAGCAACCAAUUUGCAGUCAGUUUAUCCUGGUUUCAGGAACAGGAAUCCUGAAGACCUGCAUUGGAUUGGUUGCCACUGGACAGACAUGGGUAAGUUUUAUACCAGUGACUAAAUAUAACCCCUGACAUGCUUUAAUUAUCUGAUAUGAAGUAUUACAUAGUGUGCCCUUCUGAAUGCUGAACUGAAUGUAAAUCCUUAUUUGCAUAUUGAAAUUUGAGGAAAAAAAACAAGGCUACAUAACUUAAAGGAGAACUAAAGCGUAACAAAACGGUAGGGUAGAAAAGCCUCAAAUUAUGUUUUGGGUUUAUGUACCAGGCCAAGGCAACCACAGCCCUUUAGCAGUGAAGCUUAAUUCCAAUUCCUUUGCUCUGUCAUCGUUCCUCGCAACACACAUACAAAAAUAAACAUGAAUGGAUACAGUAGAUACCAUACGCUGAAUGAAAAGUUAAAUAGCACCCGGAAGGCAUUAAAACCGAACAAUCAUUAAUACUAUAGCAACAAAUUAAGGCAACACUACCAUAAAAAAAUCUGCAAUUCCAAGUUGUGGUUUCUGUGGCCUCCACCCCCACCCAUCACUCCUUCAGAAAUCCUUCCUUUAUGAUCUCAAAUUUUCUGAAUUCUGAAUCUCUGGAUUUAAUAAUAAUUUGUUUGCUUUAUCUCAGAUUAAAAAUUCAUCCUAAUUGUGAUAACUCAGGGUUUUUCUUAUGGGGACAACACAAAUUUAUAUAACUGCAGCAGUAUAAUAUACAUAUAAUCCUAAAGGUACUUCCAGUAAUGAUGUUUGAAAUGAAUGAGGCCCGGCGUUAGUAUGAUCAGCCUGUGAGGCCUUCGUGGAAAUGGGCUAUCGCUCUGCUCCUUAAUGAACAAAGGUCUCAACACAGCAAUGUAAAUUAUGUUAUUUUUUUUCAAUAGUUUGUGGAAAUACCUAAUACUAUAGUCUAUGAAACCUUCCGUUACUUAUAAUUAAGCAAAAGAUUUAGCACUAGCUUUAAAUUACAUUGCACAAAAAGACCAUAGAAAUAAAUACUUAUUUUGUCAAUGAUAUUGGAACAACUGAAAUCGCUGUUUUUUUGCAACUUACUCUUUCCUUAUUAAAUACAAGAAUGAACUAUACCAUCUAUGUACUAUAGCUUUAUAUAUUGUCAGUUAUAUAUGAUGUACAGUAAAUGACUGAUACAAAGCUUCAGAAUUUUUUAAAUUCCCUGUUAAUAUGUUCUUUCUGUUUGGAAAUAUU